AUGAAACAACAAUUAAUAACAACACUUUUAUUGAUAUGUGUUUUUUACAACAUUCAACCUUUAAAUGCUCAAUUAACAAGUAACAAUUGUACAUUUACCGAUAGUAAUGGUUAUUAUUAUGACUUGACACAAUUAACAGGGGAAGAUUAUACAAUUUACCCAGUUCAAAGUAAAUGGGCAUCACAAUGGAAACUUGUUUAUUCAGUUUGUGGAUUGAGUAAAUAUUGUUCGGCUGUAUUCCCAGAUGGCCAAGGAUGUCAAUUCUGGGCACCCAAUCCUUCGAAAUAUAUUGGUUUGUCGGGACUCGCCUCAACACAAACCUUUGAAACAUUGACAACUAGUGUUGGAGAAGGUCUCAUCUUGUCAUCGAGAGCCAACCCCAAGACUGUUGGAGGCUGUCAAGAUGGAGUAUUCUUAAACGUCCAUUUCCUAUGCUCCGAGUCAACACCCAUCACACAACCAACGGCUGUCGAGGACCCCCAAUGUACAUACACUGUCCAAGUACCAACACUCUCAGCAUGUCCAUUUGGCGGAUCAAACGUUCACCCCAUUCCAUCAGGUACCGUUGAAAUCGAUUGUCAAGAGACUGCCACUGGUAUGACUGUCGACGGUCAACCCUACACUUCGUAUGAAUGCACUGUCAUCAAUACAUCGAGUAGUUUCCAAGAAGUAGCACUCUAUGCCUACACUGGAGAACAACAAUUAUCCAAAGUAUGGGGUCAAUUUAGACCAGCCAAUGGUGAAACAGGUCUCGGUAUUUGGUAUCCAAAGAACGGUAUCUCUCCAAUGAAGCCUGAAACUGCCGCCUUUUUUGGAUACAUGACAAUCAAUUCAACCACUCAAAUUAAAUUUUUACCUGUAUCAUUUAAAUAA